GCGCGGUGCGGGCGGCUGCUGCGGCUGCUGUUGUUGUGCUGCCCGUGGCCCCGCUCGGCUCGGCUCGGCUCGGCUCGCAGCGCCCGCAGGCCCGGCCCGGCAGUAUGAGCGACAACGAUGACAUCGAGGUGGAGAGCGACGAGGAGCAGCCGAGGUUUCAGUCUGCGGCUGACAAGCGGGCUCAUCAUAAUGCGCUGGAGCGCAAACGCAGGGACCACAUCAAAGACAGCUUUCACAGCCUGCGGGACUCUGUCCCGUCCCUUCAGGGGGAGAAGCAACAGGCAUCCCGGGCCCAGAUCCUUGACAAAGCCACAGAGUACAUCCAGUACAUGCGCCGGAAAAACCACACCCACCAGCAGGAUAUUGAUGACCUCAAGCGCCAAAACGCCUUGUUGGAGCAGCAAGUGCGGGCACUGGAGAAGGCACGGUCGAGUGCCCAGCUGCAGGCCAACUAUACAGCAGCAGACGGCAGCCUGUACACCAACCCUAAGGGCAGCACCAUCUCCGCCUUUGAUGGCGGUUCUGACUCCAGCUCCGAGUCAGAGCCUGAAGAGCUGCAGAGCCGGAAGAAGCUGCGCAUGGAGGCCAGCUAGAGGCCCCACGGCAUUGGCAUGGCCCUGCCACCCCUGGGCCCCCAUGCUGCCCGCCCGCCAGCUCUCGAAGGACUCUCUCUCCCUUCUG